AUGGGCACUUCUUUUUUUUUUUCUUGUUGUUUUUUAAUUUUCUCCAACAGAAGGGAAAUGGACCCGUUUGCCUUUAUUGUACAGGGCCUUGAAAAACCCGUGCGUGUGCACACAGUGAGCAAUGAGACAGUGGAUGGUACGCUGUUGGCGGUGGAUGAUCACUGUAACGUGAUGUUGCGGGGGUGGAAAGUGGUGGGACACGACACGAAAGGCGUAGAGGGGCCGGCAUCAUCGUCCCUAUUAGCCCCUAUUCGUUUUAUUCGUGGCGCACAAAUAAAAACCAUUACACUUGUACAGUAG